CACAGAUAUGUGCACAAUAUGUGUGUACUUAAGCCGUUCGCGAGUGGCGUGCUAUCGAGUUUCGCGGCGGCCGAGGACGAGCACGCACGCUCCCCACACGCGCUCCAGUGACGAUACACCUAUUGCUGAGUGAGGGUGGACGUGGAACGUGCCAGAGACUGAGGGACAAUUGGUGCAAUCAUCUCGUUGAGCGUAAACAAACGAAGACAACAUGGGCCGCUUGUUGGCGGUGUUCGCGUGCGUGUGCGCAGUCUUAGCGCUCACGCACUCAGCUGCAGUUCCUACACAGGACACAAUGGUAGUCGCCAAGUCUGACGAUGGAGUGACCGUUGCUACCAACUCAGCACCGACUGUGACUGAGGUCACGACUGAAGAAUCCAGCCCGCCAAUUAAACUGACAGAGAUGGACGUCAUAUCCGAGGUCUCUCUCCGUUAUGCGCAUACGACGGUCGUAGCGAAAGUACGCAACCCCGCCAAGAAGGCGCAGGAGGCCAACUUCAGAGUGCUACUGCCCGAGACUGCCUUUAUCAGCGGAUUUGUCAUGACUCUCGAUGGCAAAUCGUACAAGGCGUAUGUUAAAGAAAAGGAAGAAGCCAAACAGAUUUACCAAACCGCUGUCGACCAGGGAAUCGGUGCUGCCCAUAUUUCUGCCAAAGCGCGUGAUUCAAACCACUUUACCGUAUCUGUGAACGUGGAAGCUUCAUCAAACGCAGUCUUCAACUUGACUUACGAAGAGUUGUUGGUGAGACGCAAUGGUGUUUACAAUCAUGCCAUCAAUCUUCACCCAGGAGCAUUGGUGCCCAAGCUUACAGUCACCGUCCAUGUCAAGGAAACUGAGAAACUCGUAGAACUGAGAGUGCCCGAGAUCAGGACUGGAAACGAAAUUGAUGCUACUAAGGAUGAUGCACAAAACUCAAAGGUAUCAAUUGUAAGAGCGCACGAUGACCGCGAAGCAACCAUCACGUUUACACCAGAUCUGCAAGAACAAGAGAGACUCAUUCAAAUCUACGCUCAAAAAUCUAAGGAAUCUGCUAGCGCUACUCACUCCUAUUCUCCAUGGUCGUCUUACUCGGAGCCUCAGGAACCCGCUCCAGAAGGAGUGCUGGGUCAGUUCGUAGUGCAGUAUGAUGUGGCACGUCCUAAAGACGGUGAAAUUCUGGUCAACGACGGCUACUUCGUUCAUUUCUUCGCACCGACAGAGCUUCCGCCUUUAAACAAAUUCGUCGUGUUCGUCCUGGACACGUCUGGAUCCAUGAUGGACCGCAAGAUCGUCCAGCUAAGGGAAGCCAUGCAGACUAUCCUCUCAGAGCUUAACGAAGGCGAUUACUUCAGUAUUGUAGAGUUUGCAUCUGUUGUUACGGUGCACGAUCUCAAAGAAGCAGAAGGUGAGCCACCGAAGAAUCAAUAUGCAUACUUUGAUUACCACGACAAACAAGUGACCUUGGUGCCACCGUCGAGGGCCACUAAGGAGAACAUUGCUCGUGCCAAAGUCAUUGUCAACUGGCUGCAAGCUUCUGGAGGUACUAACAUUGGAAGAGCGUUGGAUGUUGCUGUGGACUUGAUCAAUAAGGGUGUGGACUGGACCAUCCCCCCGCCUGCCGCUAAGCCCACAAACGCCAGUGAUGGUGCUGCCCCAACUACCGAAGCUGCUGCAACUACCGAAGCUGUUGUCACAACCGAAGUGGCUGAAAAGAAAGAAACCAAAACCCUGGAGCCGAUUAUCAUCUUCCUGACUGACGGCGACCCAACUGUUGGCGAGACUGACCCCAAACGCAUUAUCACCCACGUACAAGAAAAGAACUCCGGACCUAACAAGGCUACCAUCUACUCCCUUGCUUUUGGCGAAGAUGCGGACCGUAAAUUCCUGCGCAAGCUGUCACUGCGUCACGGAGGAUUCAUGCGUCACAUCUACGAGGCGGCGGACGCGGCUCUGCAAUUACGCGACUUCUACCGACAGAUCUCGUCACCGCUUCUCGCAAAUGUCAAAUUUAGCUACCCUCCUGGACAGGUUCGCUCAGAGUCUGUGACCCAACACCAAUUCCGCACGUACUACGCGGGCUCAGAGCUGGUGGUGGCCGGACAAGUACUGGACGUGCCCGAGCUGGCUCCCACCGUCGAAGCCUUCUGCGGCGUCAGUGAUGGAAAGGGCAGGAAGCGCCUGGAGAUCCUACCCAAGGUUCCUAUCGAGAAGAAGAAGCAAGGAACGUUGCCUCUGGAGCGGCUAUGGUCUUACCUGACGAUUAAACAACUUUUGGACCAACGUGAUGCCUCUGAUGACAACGAGCCUGCUGAUAAGGAAAACUCGCCCGAGAAGAAGGCUCUGGCAUUAGCAUUGAAGUAUGAGUUCGUGACACCACUGACAUCGCUUGUGGUGGUGAAGCCCAACGCUACCAAUGCGGUCAACGCCGAGUCUGUAGAUAAAGCAGUUCCUGGAGGAGCAGGCGGUUUCGCUAGCGGUGUUCCUUUGUCAGUAAACUUGGCUCGUCCGAUGGCGAGUCACGCGGCUUUCGGUCUGUCGGGUCCUGGCUACUACACUCCUCUCUCCCUUCCAGCACCAGCUGCAGCAGGUGGCGCCUUCUACAGCGCAGGUAGUUUGUCGGCGCCGGCCUCUCUAGACGUAAUGGAGGAGGCCGAAAUGGAAGAUUAUUCCUUUGAAGACGGAGGAAUAGCAGGAUACAUCUCUACACCGGCGCCCCCUAUGCACUACCCGACAUUUGCCCCAUCCACAUCACGCCCGACCCUGUCGGAGUUCCACCUGGAGGGCUUCAGUUGGCUGGAGCCAUUGCUAGACUCCAGCGCAAGCUCUAUCGUGCUGCCCACUAACGACACCACUGUCACCUUGAAGCUUUCCAAAGACACAGUGGCUCCGAAAGAGGCAAGUGGUGAUGCAGAAUGCGCGAACGCAGUAGACGGCGGCGCGGGACUGUGUGUGUACCUCACAAGAUGUGAUGGCGUCAAAGACAUCACUUUGGACGUUUACAAAACUACAUACUGCACGCUCAGUCAAGGAUUUGCUGGAGUUUGCUGCCAACAGAAGAAAAUCGACUUAACACAUUAAAAUAAUUAAGAUCUAGGUAGAAUUAAACCAUGACAAUUACAAAUGAAAUAAAUAACAAUUAAUAUACUGUGAUUACUCCGAAUAUAAGUAGACAAGACGAGAAGCAAUAAAAAAUGGAAACUCUUUGCAAUGUUACUGUUGAUACAUUUGAAAUGUAAGAAAUUAGCAAUAUUAAUAAUUAUAAUAUGCUUAUAAAUAGUUUCAACUGUGAUUCCUUGUAUGGAUUGGUAUUUUAAUAUGAAAUGGAAGUGAAACGUUUUGAGCAAAUGUAAUUACAGAAAACUUAAGGUGCUAGACUAAUCGAUUAGUGCCAUUAUUAGGAUUUAACAUGACCUACUGUUGUGAGAUGUACCUAGUUUUCGUUUUUUUACAAUUGAAUCUUAAAUAAAGAUAAGAUUAUUUUU